AUGCUCUACGCUACAAAAGCGAUACUUGUUCUCACCCUGAAGUUGAUGGCGAUGGGGGUCAAGGCAGACAGCACUGGCGAGCAUGAAUGUCGGUGGAAGUAUAACCAGCUGCAUUGGGACCUCACGCCUCUCAUCCGACAUUCCCCUCAGCGAGACUACCGGGUGAAGCGAGACCGGUGGGAGUUCUACCUCAAUGUCUGCGCCAACACCAUCAAGGUGAAGGGUCCCGCCUACUCGCCCCCAGCUCAAGUCGAGCAGGUCCCGAGCACAUGCAAGCAGCAGUUCGGACCGACUGCUGAGAGAUCGCCGGGAUAUCAAACCCUGCAACAUGACGGGGAGACUGCUUGCUACUACAUGGGGAAUGUGCACACAGCAAAGUGGGGGCUGCUGGACGAGAACAACCCAGAGGACGGGGUGAAGCUGACGUACUCAGCAGGGACAAAAUGUGAUGCCAAGACUGGGAGAUCGAUCGAGUAUCACUUCAUCUGCGAUCCUCAGAUCGGCGUCGGGCAGCCCGUCACGGUUGCGGGAGAAUGUCGCUUCAUGGUCAUAUGGCAGACUAUCUACGCGUGUCCCUUCUACCCGACUCACUAUCCUCGGCUCCUCUUGUGGAGUAGCGUCGCGAUCGUGCUCUACUUGCUCAUGGGCUUCGCAUACAACAUCAGAAAUAACGGGAUGAAGGUUUCCCUUGCUGCUAUACCUCACAGUUCCUCCUUCCUUGCGCUAUGGGCAUGGCUCAAGUACCUCGUCAUGAGCCUUUUCGGAUUUUUGUUUGGAAAUCGUGAAAGAGACAUCGGAAGUUCAGAGGAGACUACGAGGUUGAAUCCAACCCCCGUUUAA